GUAAAUUCUGGCACAUGAUCACUCUACAUUAACUGUGCUUUACGUCACCUAAGAGCCGAAUUUGGAUAAUAAGUCAUCGCAAAUCCAGUGACGUACAGCGCAAAUACACAUACAGAUGAAGAUAACACAUGUUAAAGCUAGGAAGAUACGAAAAAAUAGAAUACUGCGAAAUGAUCUAAAACCUACACGAGUGUGAAAUCCGCCAUCUUGGGAAGUAUAAAUUACAUAGAAAUCUCUCCGUGGAAGUUAAUAGAAAUCGUUUAAAUAGUUUCUUCAUUAUUGUAUCGUCGCCGCUAAAAAUGACAAAUAUUGAGGAUAAAAAGGAAACGUUAGAGUCAAAAGAAGAAGUGAUUUGUCCAGUCUGCUCCAAUUUUGAACCACAAGCAUGGCGGAAGAACAUGUGUAGAAACUGUUUUCAUUCUCUAGAUGAACACGGGGCCAAUACUGAAGAAAAUUUGGACAACAAAACGAUGAAGGACAAGAAGCUGGAGAAUGACAAGGUUAAUGAUAUGCAGAAAAAGAAAUCCGAGACCGACACGUCGAAAAAGAAAGGUGAGCCUCCGAAAACAUUAGCCAAAUCCAAAAAUCCUAAUUUAUCUGUUGACAUUUCCAAGAAAGAUACUAAUGGUAAUCUUAAUAAAAGUCCAAGCAGUCCCUUAAAGAAAACUGGAUCUCCCUUUAUUAAGUCGCCCGAGGUGAAGGAUUUCAAAUCUAAGUCCCCUCUAUCACCUACGAAGUUGACAGAAGAUUUAACAUCGAAAGAAAAGGUUUCAUCUCCAACAUCUCAGAAAAAUAUUUCCCUAAACAAGUUUGAGACCAAGAGAACUGAAAGUUCUAAGGCUAAUGAGAAACAGGUAACCUCAGCGCCGAGCGCAUUAUCGAAAUGGAAGCAAAAUGAAAAUAGAUCAGUAUCGAAAGAUAAAGGGCCAUCUGGAGAAGAAAACAAACAAAUUGGUAAACAACAACUAUCAAAGGUUGAUGAUAAUAAGAAUAAAAUAGAUGAAAAAGCCAGUAAAUUUCAAAGCAAAACUAUCAGUGCAAAAGAUAAGAAAGAACAGGAUCUAAAGACACCAAGCGCGUCAUUGUUAACGAACAAAGACAACACGCCUAAAUCAAAGACAGAUGAGUCGAGCAAGGUUCGACAAUUCGCCAAAACAUUCGGAUCGGACUUGGAAGAAAGCCGAUUCAAUAGCUUGGAGCGCCAGAAGAAGGAGAAAUCAGCUACUACAUUGCCUGUUAAUGAUCAAUGCAAAUCGGGUAUAAAAAAUCAGUCAACUCCCGAAGCAGUGCAGAAGGGAACGAUCUCGACAGAAGGUAAAGAGAGUAAGCCGUCUGCUCUUUACGAGAAGAUCAAUAAGUUCACUCAUUCUGGACUAAAGCAGGUUGAUAAAAAUGAUAAACCCUUCGGAUCUUUGGAUAGGAGGCGAUACUCCGAGGAGAAAUCACGUGACAGUGAAACUUCUGCGGAAGCCGGACAGAGGGUUGACGCUGAACUCGAAACAGUGAAAAAGCAGUUAAGUGUAAUGGAAAUAAAAUGUAAGGCUUUAGAACAAGAGAAUAAUCAACUGAGGACUGGACUGAAGGAAAAAGAAACUGUUGAAAGUAGUCUAAAAUCACAAAAAUCCGAGGUCGAAAAUGCUAUUAAAGGUUUGCGCGAUACUUUGAAGGUCAUGGAGGAAAAAUGUAACAAGUUUGAAGGAGACAACACCACUUUAAUGGAGAAAUUGAAAGCGCAACAAAUACAGCAGAAAGAAGCAAUGAAAAAUGCUACAAAAGCUGAAAUGGAAGAUAUGGAGGUCCAAUUAUCGGCAAGUGAAAAUGACGUGGAAAAUCUUAAGACCGAAAACGAAGAACUUAAAAAUGAAAUACAGGAUCUUAAGGUAGAAAUGGAUGAGAUGUAUGACAGUUUCCGAGACCAAGAGGCCGAGGAGUUCCGAGACCUUCAGCGAGAACUUGAAAUGACGGCCAAAAAUUGUCGUGUUUUACAGUUUAAACUACGUAAAGCUGAAAGACGAAGUGAACAGAUUGAAAUAGACCGCCAGUCAUAUGAGGAAAAACUUCAUUUGUUGCAAAAUCAAUUUGAAGAUGCAGAUGCACGUGCACACAUUAGGAGCAUAGAAGAUGAGUUACGAAUGGCCAAAGAAGUUUCUGUUCGACUUCAUGACGAGCUUGACAUUUUAGACGACAAAAGAUCAAAAGUAGAAGAUGACAACAACCACCUAACCCGACUUCUGGAACAGUCGGACAAGAAACAAUUCCGUUUAGAAAUGGAGGUUGACAAACUUCGUGACCAGAUGGCAGAUUUGCGAAGACAACUUGCAGAAAAGUCCCAGGCUGGAACCCCAUCAACGGAGGAGGCGAGUGAUCGCAAGAUCCUUCUUGGAAGAAUAGGAAAACAGGGAAGCCAGGAACAGGAAGUCUCCCAACUAAUGAAGGAUUUAUACGACAGCAUGGAACGGGAGACGGAUCUCAAAGACCAGCUAAAGUUCGCCGAGGAGGAAACCAAGUCCAUGCGAAUGAAACUCGAAGAACUGGAAGAGGAAAACGACACGCUAAGUCAGCAGUUGAAGAAAAUGUCGUCUGCUCAAGUCACAAGGCGGGAAGAGCCAAAGAUGGGGACAGUUACAGAAACGGAAGUGGAAUUAAAGGUUCAGUUGGACUUGAACGAACAAGAUUUGCUCUUAUCAAAAAAGAAAAUUCAGGACUAUGGAAACGAAAACGAAAAAUUAAAGGAAGAAAUAGCAAACUUGAAAAAAGUCGUUGAGGAAAAGGAUCAUUUACUACAUGUAAUGCCAGAGCCAUCUUCACCAAAUGCAUAUUAUGAAGACAAGCUCAAAGAGAUGAGUCUAGAAGUAGACGACUUAAGAUGGCGGAUUAUAGAAAAAGAGCGGGAAAAUAACUGUUUAUAUGUACAGUUAAGUAAUUAUCAAACAAAGAAAUCAACAAAAUUGAGAAAAAGUAACUCAUUUGACAGUGAGUAUUCUCAGGUUGUUGACCUUAAGAAGCACGUGGAAUUCUUAACUCAAGAGAAUGCCGACCUCAAAGACAAAGUAAGCGACCUAGAGGAGCAACAGAGUGAACGAUUACGUAAAAAUAAAAGUCCUAUACGAAUCGAAAGUCAGGUUUUUGAGAGCAGCAGGCAAUCGCCUACAAAGAACAAUGUUGAAAUGAUUGGGAAAACAUCUCUAAGUGAUCCUAAUGUAAUGUUUACAAACUCGAAAGAUGGAAAUUAUUUGCCAUCUCCUUCGGAUCAAACAAGUACACCAAGUAUAAUUACAGACACUGCUAUGCAAGAUUCCAACGUUUUAGAAAUCUCUACCAGCGAGAUGGCAAAACAAAAUGAACAUGCAGAAAGUUUGAAAAAACAAUUGAAAGCUGUUGAAUUAGAAAACCAAAAUCUGCAAUUGAAAAUGUCAGAGCUAAUGAAGGAAAUUGAAAUUCUGCAGAAGAAGAAUUUCGGUGGCACUGAAGAAAAUGCAUCAAGCAAGCAAAAUGCAAAGGUUUCUGAAGGAGAGAGUCGUGAGGAGUUGAUGGACACCAUAUUGGACCUGGAAGAUGAAGUUGAUGCCCUAUCCAAGAAACUGAGUCAGAGAAACCAAGAGACUGCCAAUCUUUUAAAGAAAGAAGAAGAAUAUUUAAAGCAAAUAGAGAAAAUUGAAGACGAAUAUCGAAAAAAGGAACUUGAUCUUCUCAACGAUUUGGACAUUGCACAUGAUAAGAAUGAGAUUUUGAGUAAUCUACUGGACAUCGUCAAAGAGCGUGCUGACACAGCAGAACGUGAAUUAGAGCGCGUUGCAGCCUCAUUCUCAGUAGCCAGUGACGGAAGCGGACGCAGUGCAAGAGUAAUUAGCACUUGUAGUGACGUCAGCCUCGGAAGUGACGAAGUCUUUGAUGGAGCAUCACCUGGUGUGUCUCCCGGCUUGUCUCCAAUAACUCCUGGCAGUCCAGAAUCACCAUUAAAAAGACAGGUCAUCCAAAGGGACUGGGACAACCAGUUUCGUAAAAGGAUUGACUGCUUGGAACGUCUGUUGGCGGAGGAGAGACAAAAACUAGCGGCAACAGAGAAGAAAUUAGCUCUCGUGUCAACAGAGAGCAUCUCUACCGCCAUGUCGGACGACGCCAAGCUUUUCGCUAGGGAGAAGGAACUCCUUCAAGCAGAGAUUUUAGAAGGAAAGAAACUUUUGAAGAUAGCAACAGAUCAAAUAAAGGGCUUACGGGAACGAAUGUUCACACUAGAAGAGGAAAAUCGAUGUCUGCGGGCUACCUGUGCCGCUGAAAAUGCCGAAAGUGAGGAGUCGGAAAACGAAAAGACACCAUCUUAUCAUAUUGAUGAGAGACCUUCAUUUGAUGUGACGACAAGGGACGCGUCUAAAUCGCAAAACCCAAUAGAUGUGUCUAGUUACAGAGAAAGAAUUGCAAGUUUGGAAAAGCAAUUGAAUGAAGUAGAAGCACAAUGGAGAUCAAAAUGUACCGCCAUUGAAAAAGAAAAGAUUGAGUCCCAGCAACGACUUCGAGAGUUAACCGCGGAUUCGGAGGCGCUAAGAGGGUCGCUUAAGGGAUUCAAGGAAGAUGUUGGAAAUAAACAAAAACAAUUGAGGGAAAUUGAAGAGAAAAUAACAGUUAAUUCAGAUAUUUUAAAAAGGAAGGAAGAGAUCAUGAAUGAGCAAGAGGAAAUAAUCAAACAGAGAGAAGAAGACUUGCAAUCACUUCUCGAUCAAAUCUCGCACAGAAAUAAUGAGAUACGAGAUUUGCGCGAGAAAUUGCAGCCAAUAGAUGAAAAAUUAAAAGAAAAGGAAGAUAUCAUCAAAUCUUUAAAAGACAUAAUAGAGUCAAAACAGGAUGAAAUUAAUUAUCAAGCCGAAGAAAUUUCAGAACUUAAUGAAACAAUUGAAUUAAAGCAAAACGAAAUCGAUGAACUUUCGGGAAAUUCUAAAACUCAAAAUGUCACUAAAGCGGAAUGGGAGCAGGAUAACAAACAGCUUAAAAAUGAUUUGGAAACCAUGGCAUCCAAUCUUGGUAAACUUCACACAGAUAACUUUAGUUUACAGGAGGAAUUGGAAAAAACCAAACAAGCCUUAAGCGAAGCAAUGGUCUUGUGGAACAAGGACCGCUCACAAAUUGAAAUAGCUUACAAUGUAGCUAGAGAAAAGCUGCGAAUAUACGAAGAGACCGCAGCAAAAAAAGAAAGUCAAAUUGUGGGUCUUCUACGAAAAGAAACCCAUAAGUUGUUGGAAAGUAAAGAAAAAAUUUCGACCGACUUUAGAGUUACGAAAAUUGAAAACGAGGCUAACAUGAGGACCCUGAAGAGUGAGAAGCUAAAAUUACAGGAUGAGCUUACGCAGAAGAUACGUCAAUUAACGGCUGAAAUGACGUCAAAUGAUAAAAUGAAAGAGGAACUUCAAAGAUUAAGGGCACAGGAAGAUGUGGCUUAUCAAAUUCAAUACCAUGAGAAAGUUCUCCGUGCAGAAUACCUGGCAAUGAAAGUCAGAUACGAAACAAGAUUAGAAAAUCUUCAAAAAGAGCACAUGAAACUUCUUGGCGUUCUUGAUAAACUUCAACGUGAAAAAGUGCUUAAUCAAGAGAUGAUAAAAGGUGUACAAAAAGGAAUGGGAACUAUGAAGGAAACCUAUACCAAAGACCUGGAACAUUGGAAAGAAGAAAGAAAUGUACUUGAAAAGCACAUAAAGGAGAUAGAAUCCAGCCGGAAGUUGGCCAUUGAACUUGAGGGUAAAGUGGAGGAAUUGAAGCAGCAGCUUGCUGACCAGGAAUAUGAACGGGCUGAAAUUGUCAAUCGUAUGACGUCAGAACGAUCAAAAUGGGAAGUAGAGAGAUCAGGGAUGCAAAGUCAUAUAAACCAGUUGGAAGAAAAACUGGAUACUGUAGCAUAUUCCACGUACAGAACGAAAGACAUGCAAAGCCGAAUGGAAGUUGCAUGGGAAUCUGAGAGAGCUGAGCAAAAGAGACUUCUUAAUGAAGCACAUGAACUGGCGAUGGACCUACAAAGGCAACUGAAAUGUCGGGAUAAUGAGCAUUCAAGAGAGCGCAAGGCUUUACUGGAGCAAAUGAAAAGACUCAGGAAGGAGUUGGACGAGGAACAGUUAUUAAGAGAAAGGAGACUUACUCAGAUUGAAUCAAGUAAAAAAGAAAUUGAAGACUUGAAGAAGAAAUUGAUUGAAAUGUGCCAUCGUUCUGAGAAAGACCAAAGUUCAACAAUGAAGGACAAGGUUGAUCUUGUCCGUCGUCUGGCGGAAUUUCGCAGAACACAUAAGCGGGAUCAAAGAAGAAUCGAAGAUAUCUUAUCUGAGUUGACAAGGUUGCGGGAGCUUGCCUCAAUAGUCAUUGAUUCUGAAAACCCAGAUGUGGAAUGUGACGUCAUUUUCAGAUUAGAACAAUUAGCCAAGCCAUCGUCAGAAUCUAAAAGACUUUCCAUCCAUGCUAAUAUGGAUAUGAAGCAAAAAGUAAACGAGGUUGUGCUGCAAUAUAUGAAAGAGUCCUUAAAGGAAAUCCACUUUGCAGCAGAUAAUUUGUCAAGACCAAGUUCAAGAGGAUCAACAGACGACGAAAGAAGACGAUUGCGAAGAAGUAUUUCCAGUUCAUUUAAAUUAUUUUUCAGUAAUAAGUUAAACAGAAACAUAUGCUCUAACGGACCCGGGGACCUGAUGGACGUGAGAACAGAUGACUCUGAUGUUGAGAUGCCCAUUGACCCAGAGCCGGGAACCGUAAAUGACCGCCACCAAAGAAUCAUGAUUGAUGUCCAUCAUGAAGAAGGAGUCACAUCCAAGUUUCCUGUUCCUCCACCGACUUUCUUGUUACCAAAGUCUCACCAAAUCGUUUCUGUAAGCUCACAAAGCUCAAAAAGUGUUUCAACAACAGUGACGACAAUUGCGACGUCAAGAAAAGUUCCGAAUAGUUUGUCUUUGAAUAUGUUGAAUGAAAAGUCUGACAGGUACGCUGUAUCUGCUGGUGCUUCACCAGUACAUAUACAAAAUAGUUUAGACCUUUCUAAUCCAAAGUCCAAGUCGGAACUUAAUAUUCCAACUAAAAGUGCUCGGGUUUCUAAGGAAAAUGCUCGACGGAAAUUUUUUGAACAGGUUGAGGACAAUGAUGGACAACCUUCAAAUAUGAAAUCUAUAAGUGAAAACAAUUUGUCCAUAGCGAACAAUGGAGUUAUAAUUUCUGAUGAUUCAGCAAACUUUACUGACAUGGAAUAUACAAAGGAAAUUAAUAACAAACAUGGAUGCUCUUCAAGUGAUAGUGAAACGAAAUUACAUAAAACUGAGCAGGGAGAAAUGCAUUUAAAAGUAACUCACCCAAAGAAGAAACGAAAACUGUUUAAAAAGUCUGUUAGCAUGGAUACUUCUGCUGAACACAACACGCAAGCAGAGGGUGGUGUUUCAGCUGCAUCACCUGGGGCACAUUCGUCGUUGUCGCCUUUUGAACUCUUUGCUGCUGUGAAACGAAGACUGAAGCCGUCAAUAAAACGGACAUCUUCACUUACGGAAGGUCGGAAAAGCCGCUCCACGAAUGAGAGCGGCAGCUCCAAAUAUCUAAGUCACAGCGAUGCUUAUGCAAGCUCGUCUUAUUCAUCAAGGAAUGAAAGCUUACGUGAAUCACCAAUUUCUACUCCAGUCAUGCACGAAGCACAGUCUAUAGAAUCAGGGUCACUCAUUCCACCACCCACACCCCCGAUAUCAAUGAUGAACAGGAGACUUUUACCAAAACUUCAAGAAUUACACGAAGAGGAUGAUGGUCGUAAAAGCAGAGGAAAGAAAAAGGAAAAGAAGAAAAAAUUUCGUUCAAAGUCAGCCGAACGGGCCGCAAGUGGGCCGGCCUCCUUAACACAAGACAUUGUUUUUAAUGAGGAUCUUGCCACACCUAUUUCUCAUUCCCCUUUUAGUGAAACUUCAGUAUAAAUUUGACUUACAUAUUAUUUGGAAAAUGUGAAGUCAAUAAUUUAUUUUAAUUUAUUUUUGAAUCCCAUUCCAUAAGUUUUUUGUUUAAAGUUAAAACGCAUAUACCAAAUUGCACAUUUACGUACCUCAAUUGUAUUUUGCACAUUUAUGGCGGGUAUAUGUAACUUAAGACAUUUUUUCCAGUCGUGGAGAAAUAUUUAUCUAUGCCUUUCAAAUUGUUUUAUUUAUUUUUGCAUCAU